UGCGCCUAGGAAGACAAAGAAACAUAAUUUUAAAAAAAAGUUCACAUUUGUCAACUGUAUACUUUUACACACUGGGUAUUACAUCGACGUUCUAGAGAUGACUGAAAUCGGAACCACGCCGAAUCCUUACAAUUCGUCCGUAUCUUUUGUGAACACAUCCCAAUAUGUGAUUAACACUUUGUCGAUGUCGCAAUCCAGUUGGGACCUAAAGAACAUUGGACGGUUAGUCGUACUAAUAUUAAUGUUUCUCACGUCCAUUGCCGGUAUCGUUGGAAACGCAUCCGUUAUCCUCACUGUUUUCUUGAAUAGGAGAAUGUUAAACCCAACGACUAUUUUGGUGGUAAACCUUGCUGUCGCCGACUUGUCUUUCAUAGUUUUCCUCGUGAUUGGUACUGUCACUGUGAUAUAUGCAUUUCCAAGUUGGGCAUUUGCAAAUAUUUGGUGUAAAGCGAUGUUCUAUAUCUCGCACGUGAACGUGUCUGCGAGCGUCAUAACUCUCGUGCUGAUAUCUGUGGACAGAUAUCUGGUCGUCGUAUAUCCCAUCGAAUCCAGGACGAUCAUAAACAAACGUAAUGCAUAUAUUUGUGUCUGUCUAUCUUGGAUUAUAUCGCUUCCAAUCAACAUUCCUGUCAUAUUUGAAUAUUCCCAAGUCGGCACAUACGCUAUAUCAAAAUGUGUCGAUAUAAAUAUCUUCUACGGCAAUUAUGUCGCAGCUCUGAGAUUCCAUGCCUGUUUAUUUGUUUUCUGCUUUGCUAUACCCCUUACAGUCAUGUGUACGCUUUACGUUAACGUUAUCAAGACGCUCGUUUGUGGAGUCCGUCCUCGCGGAGGGCAAAACACGAAGAGCAUGAGGAUGAAGAAACGCGUCACCAGAAUGUUGCUCAUCGUUACCGUCAUUUUUGCAGUGUGUUGCCUACCAAUUCAUGUUUACAGACUGCUUAUGGCAUCUGGAAAUGAUUCACCGACCCGGCACACCUACAUGGUUAUGCUGUCGCACCUUCUGAUAACGAUAAACAGUUGCGCCAACCCAAUUGUGUAUGCUUUCCUUUCUACAAACUUCCGUAGAAGUUUUCGAAGAACUGUGUUAUGCAAAAAAAGAACAUCCGUGUUCUCGUCGAUCAGCUCGAAGGAAGAAGUUUCGACCUCGAGAAAAAGAACGACAUAUUGAAAGAGAAAGUGGACAAAUUGGAAAAACGAGCCAGAGAAUCAGACAGUAUGAAUAUAGGGCCAGUGUACAGGAUUGUAGGCCUUAGCUGUACAAAGGGGAAUGAAACA